AGUCUUGAGUGCGGCUUCAUUGGAAGAAGUUCAAUUCGUAUUCACUGCCGAUUGUUUGUUUACUUUUUUUUUUAUAUUUUCUCUCACCCAAAAGAGCGACGUUUUUGUUUUGUUUUUCUCUUGCCUGAUUGUCUUUAAUAAUUCGGAACUCGACAAUAAAUAAAACUUACAAAGCUUUUAAAUAGAAAAAUAAAAAAAAGGAAUUAAGGAAAGAAAGUUUAAUAAACCAGAAUCAUGUCAUUGUGCAUGGGAAUUCGCUCACUUAAACAUGCUCCAAGGAUAAGAAUCUUCAACAUCAGUAGAAAUAAAUAUUCAACAAACGUCGAAUAUCGACCGAUCCGAUCUGUGCUUGUAGCCAAUCGUGGUGAAAUCGCUAUUCGAGUGUUUCGAGCAUGUAGUGAACUUGGCAUUCGCUCUGUUGCGAUUUAUUCAGAGCAAGACAAGAUGCAUAUGCAUCGACAGAAAGCUGACGAGUCUUAUCUCGUUGGUAAAGGUCUUCCACCUGUCGAAGCUUAUCUAAACAUUCCCGAAAUCAUUCGAGUGUGUAAAGAGAAUGACAUCGAUGCAGUUCAUCCUGGUUAUGGUUUUCUCUCAGAACGAUCAGACUUUGCGCAAUCUGUCAUCGAUGCUGGGUUACGUUUCAUUGGUCCAUCGCCAAAAGUUGUACAACAAAUGGGUGAUAAAGUUGCGGCUCGUGUCGCUGCCAUUGAAGCCAAAGUUCCGAUUGUACCUGGAACUGACGGGCCAGUGCACUCGAAAGAAGAAGCUUUAGAGUUUUGUAGAAAGCAUGGGUUGCCGGUGAUUUUCAAAGCAGCUUAUGGUGGAGGUGGUCGUGGAAUGAGAGUCGUGAAGAAGAUGGAAGAUGUUGAAGAAAGUUUCAUUCGUGCAAGUUCAGAAGCUAAAGCAGCUUUCGGUAAUGGCGCGAUGUUCAUUGAGAAGUUUAUUGAGCGACCACGUCACAUUGAAGUUCAAUUACUUGGCGAUAAAGCUGGAAAUGUUGUUCAUCUUUAUGAACGUGAUUGCAGUGUUCAAAGGCGUCAUCAGAAAGUUGUGGAAAUUGCCCCAGCGCCUCGACUAUCGACAGAAGUUCGCGAUCGAAUGACUGAGAAUGCUGUGAGAUUAGCACGCCAUGUAGGAUAUGAAAAUGCUGGAACUGUUGAGUUCCUUUGUGACGAGACUGGAAACUUUUACUUCAUUGAAGUCAAUGCACGUCUUCAGGUUGAGCAUACAGUGACAGAAGAGAUCACGGGCAUUGACUUAGUGCAGUCACAAAUUCGUGUUGCUGAAGGAAUUACGUUGCCUGAGAUGGGAUUAAGUCAGGAUAACAUCAAGACACAAGGCUAUGCAAUUCAAUGUCGUGUGACGACUGAAGAUCCAGCAAAUGAAUUCCAACCGAGUGUUGGACGCUUGGAAGUAUUCAGAAGUGGAGAAGGGAUGGGAAUUCGUCUUGACUCAGCGAGUGCUUAUGCCGGCGCAAUCAUUUCACCUUAUUACGACUCUUUACUUGUUAAAAUCAUCUCACAUGCUUCUGAUCUUCAAUCUUCAGCUGCGAAAAUGACGAGAGCUUUGAGAGAAUUCAGAAUUCGUGGUGUGAAGACAAACAUCCCAUUUUUGUUAAAUGUUUUAGAGAAUCAAAAGUUCUUAAAUGGAGUUCUUGACACGUACUUCAUCGAUGAACAUCCGCAACUCUUCAAGUUUCAACGUUCACAGAAUCGUGCACAAAAAUUGUUGAACUAUUUGGGGGAAGUUCUCGUUAAUGGACCUCAAACGCCACUUGCAACAAAACUCAAACCCGCUGAAAUUCAUCCACAUGUACCAGAAGUGCCAUUAGACUUGUCACCAGAAGCACUUGAACAAGAAAAAGAAGGAAGAAAAGUCACCGCUCCACCGCCUGGAUUACGUGACAUUCUCAAAAGCGAAGGUCCAGCAGCGUUCGCCAAAGCUGUUCGUGCUAAGAAAAAUCUUUUAUUGAUGGACACAACUUUCCGCGACGCUCAUCAAUCACUUCUAGCGACGAGAGUUCGUACUCAUGAUUUGUUGAAGAUUUCACCAUUUGUCGCUCAUAAGUUGAACAAUUUGUACUCGUUGGAGAACUGGGGUGGAGCAACAUUCGAUGUCAGCUUACGAUUCCUUCAUGAAUGUCCAUGGGAACGUCUGGAAGAAAUGCGAAAUCUAAUCCCAAAUAUUCCGUUCCAAAUGUUAUUGCGUGGUGCUAACGCUGUUGGUUACACAAACUAUCCCGACAAUGUUGUCUUCAAAUUCUGUGAAUUAUCGGUUCAAUGUGGAAUGGACAUCUUCCGUGUUUUCGACAGUUUAAAUUACUUGCCAAACUUGGUUCUUGGAAUGGAAGCAGCAGCAAAAGCUGGAGGUGUUGUUGAAGCUGCAAUUUCUUAUACCGGAGAUGUCAGCGAUCCUAAUAAGUCAAAGUACGACUUGAAGUAUUACACAGAUUUAUCAGAUGAGUUGGUGAAUGCUGGAACUCACGUUUUAGCUAUCAAAGACAUGGCUGGUCUAUUGAAGCCUCGUGCUGCUCAUAUUCUUAUCGAUGCUAUUCGUCAGAGACAUCCAGACGUUCCGAUUCACAUUCACACACACGACACAUCAGGUGCUGGUGUUGCAAGCAUGUUGGCAUGUGCUGAAGCAGGUGCUGAUGUUGUUGACGUCGCUGUUGAUUCUAUGAGUGGAAUGACAAGUCAACCAAGCAUGGGCGCUAUUGUUGCUUCACUUCAAGACACGCCACUUGACACUGGCUUCAACUUAUCUGACAUCUCUGAAUAUUCAGCUUAUUGGGAGAUGACAAGAACGCUUUACGCUCCCUUUGAGUGCACAACAACGAUGAAGUCAGGCAAUGCUGAUGUUUACAUGAAUGAAAUUCCUGGUGGACAAUACACAAACCUUCAAUUCCAAGCUUAUUCACUUGGUCUUGGCGACUUCUUUGAAGAUGUUAAGAAAGCUUAUCGUGAAGCUAAUUUGUUGCUUGGUGACAUCAUUAAAGUAACGCCAUCUUCGAAAGUUGUUGGUGAUCUCGCUCAAUUUAUGGUGCAGAAUCAUUUGACAGCUGAUCAAGUUAAGGAACGUGCUGAAGAAUUGUCAUUCCCGAAAUCUGUCAUUGAAUUCUUGCAAGGUGCAAUUGGAAUACCGCAUGGAGGCUUCCCAGAACCUUUCAGAUCUCGUGUGUUAAAAGACAUGCCAAGAGUUGAAGGCCGUCCUGGUGAAUCGCUUGAACCAUUGGAUUUCGGAAAGUUGAAAGCAGAAAUUUUGGAAUCUCAUCCUCAUGCGACUGAUCGUGAUGUGAUGUCAGCAGCUUUAUAUCCAAGUGUCACUGAUGAUUUCAUGACGUUCCGUGAAGAAUACGGUCCCGUUGACAAAUUGGAUACAAGAAUUUUCCUUACUGGUCCAAAAGUUGGUGAAGAGUUUGAAGUUACGAUUGAGAAGGGAAAAACGUUGCACAUUAAGACGCUGGCAAUGGCUGAAGAUCUUACAGCGAACGGAGAGAAAGAAGUUUUCUUUGAACUUAAUGGACAAUUGCGUUCAGUUCUUAUUCGUGAUAAAGAAGGUGUUAAAGAAUUGCAUAUUCAUCCAAAAGCUACAAAGGGAAAUAAGUCUGAAAUUGGUGCACCGAUGCCUGGUCAAGUCAUUGACAUUCGUGUGAAGGUUGGAGAUAAAAUCGAGAAGGGACAGCCAUUGGUUGUGUUAUCAGCCAUGAAGAUGGAAAUGGUCGUUCAAAGUCCAAGAGCUGGUGUGGUUAAGUCAUUGAACAUCGAGUCUGGAAUGAAGUUGGAAGGCGAUGAUCUGAUCCUUACAUUCGAAUGAAUUCAUUGUUAAUUUUUUUUCAUAUCUUUUAAUUACUAUUUUUUAUGACAUGUCUACAAAAGCAUGUUUUAAAUACUUUGAUAACUUUGUUGUAGAAGAAAAUAUGUAAAACUUAAAGUUUCUUGUUCUCGCUUAAUGCAUCACAAUUAUACGUAUAAAAACAAUCAAAAAAUGGCUUCCAUUGUUAAAAAUAUUAAGAAAAGAUAAUAAAUCUAGCUUCAAGCUAUUUAAAUUUAAAGAUUUUCUUUCUCAUUUUUUUCUUUAUAUUCAUCAUUAAAUGUAUUCUAUUGGAACUGUUCAAUUAUGAAACAUUUUCUGUUACUUUCAUUUUAAAAAUAUUGCAAAGUUUCACAAUCCUGUCAA